UGCUGACUGGAUGAACCAUAAUUUUCAUGUCGCUCCAUUUUCCAGAUUGUGUUUUUUCUCAUAACUCUGAAUACUAAUAACUAACUGUUAAUAUUUUCACUUUUACACAUUCAUUCUUUUACGGUGUUAUCACUGAUGUUGUCUGGCAGCCAUGCUGUUAAAAUCUGUGAAGGUGCUUCUGAAUCGGUUGUGAUUCUGAUACCCUAUUAAAACUUUCAGUGACAAUUGUGAAUUGUCUUAUCAUUACACCGAUUAUCUUUUAAUGCGCCGUACAUUGAUAUCGGGCUGAUCCGUGAUAUGUGCGCCCAUGCACGUUUAUCAUAUCUGGAACGUUUUGAAGUUCAUGGUCCUCUUGAGAAACUGACGUUUCUUGAGCACAGAUACUGGGAUCCAGUGGUUUUCUGUUGCCCAAAGUGACAAGGCAUUGGGCGAGGCUUAGAACUGUAAUAGUUUGAGCCCAUGACGAACCUCCUCGGAAUAGGAAAGACUAGCUAUUUACGUAGUUCACGGAUUUGCAACCCAUUUUGAUCGAAAUUAUUGGUCAUUUCUUUGGACACCCACAUGGAAGCAAGAAGCGUCAGCAUGUCAGCAGCAAUGGAAGAUGCUCGUUACAUUACAGCAAGAGAUCAGCCGAUAGAUGAUGCAUUGAAAAUCUAUGGUGCUUAUCACAGUAUUCGGCCCUUCCAUUGCAAGUGCAAAUCCGAAAACCUUCAGCCUUCGUCGAUUAUUCGACAGAUUCUUCCCUGUAUAAACUGGAUCCAGCGAUACAAAUGGUCUUUCCUGCUGGCAGAUUUAAUUGCUGGCAUUACUGUGGGUCUGGCAAUCGUGCCACAGAGUAUUGCUUACGCGGCCAUCGCUGGCUUGCCUCUACAGUAUGGACUAUAUAGUUCCUUCAUGGGACCAUUUAUUUAUGCACUUCUGGGAACGUCGAAAGACGUCUCGAUUGGUCCCACUACUGUGAUGGCGCUCCUUGUACUGGAGAAAAUUUCCCAGUAUCCGACGGAGCUAGCACCUACGAUUGCAGUAUUGCUUACGUUUUAUACGGGCUGUGUACAGUUGGCCAUGGGAAUACUACGACUUGGUUUUUUUGUUGACUUCGUUUCACUUUCCGUGGCCAAGGCGUUUAUUGCGGCAGCAUCCCUUAUAAUUGCUGUCGAACAGUUCAAAGGAUUGUUGGGAUUGAAAUUUUCUUCGGGUGGAUUUCCUGAUUUUGUUUACGAAAUUUUUAAUAACAUCAAAGAGACCAACUACUGGGAUUUGAUUUUGGGAUUGUCCGUGAUGGUAGUGAUUACCCUCUUGAAAUGGGUUAGUCCGAAGCCCGGAUUUGUUCGUACCAUGUGGUACGAUAAAGUUAACUACCACUUUCUCCGAUUGAUCUCCAAUGCAAGAUAUGCUAUUGCAAUUUGUGCUGCUGGUGCUGUGGAGGGCGCUCUUUUAAGUCAACGCAUCAGUGCCAUUUCCCUUCCGACUGAUAUUGAACCGGGACUGCCGCCUGUUGAACCACCUGAAUUCCACAUUGGCAAUCAAACCAGCUGGCAGUCUUUCAAAUCCUUGGGCUCCAGUCUGGUAGUCUUUCCGUUAAUCAGCUUAUUAGAACUGGCGUUAAUUGCCAAAGCGUUUGCCCAAGAAUACCGCUAUAACGUCAACUCGACGCAGGAAUUCAGAGCGGUUGGAUUAGCCAAUUUAAUAUCGUCGUUUUUCGGCAGUUAUCCUGUUACGGCCAGUUUCUCGCGAAGCGCUCUUAAUGCACAGUGUGGUGUGAAAACUCAGGCAGCGGGAAUUGUAACAGGAGCGUUGGCAUUACUAGCGACAGCUUUUAUUACUCCUUGGCUCCAUUACAUACCAAAAGCGGCUCUGGCUGGUGUGAUCAUUUGUGCUGUGUUACCAAAUGUUGAUCUGUCCGUGCUGAAUAAGAUGUGGAAAAUCCGGAAAGGAGAUUUGUUUCCCUACAUCGUGACAUUUUGUGCCUGUAUAUUGCUGGGAAUCGAAUAUGGUGUGCUAAUUGGCAUAUUUGUCUCGGUGGCAUUGAUCCUUUUCCCUAUUGCACGGCCAACUGUUGCCAUUUACCGAUCUGGGCAGGACGUGAUUGUUACGCCGUAUGGAAAUAUUAAUUUUCCCGCUAUGGGGUAUCUGAGGAAGUUAAUUAUCGCGGAAAUUGACAAACACGAAGUGUCGGGACAGAUCGUACUAGAUGGAAGUCAUUGGACGGAUUUGGAUUACAGUGUGGCUGCUCGUAUGAAAGAUUUGAUCAAGGAAAUACAGCUUCUUGGUUGGCAGAUCAAUUUCAGUGAAAUGAGCGAAAUGGUUUCUGGUACUUUUGAUGUGCCGACACCCAGAAGAACCAGGCGGAGUGAAUCGGACAGUUCAUUGACGGCUUCUUCAAGAUCAACACCGUGAAACUAAAGUGUCUAUACUGACUGUUUUUCUGUUUAAUUAAAGUGGUUCUACAUUUAUCUGUUUUGUAUAUGGACUUUUUUAGUUUUUAUUGUUGAUUUUUGCAUGUUUUGGCGCGUUAGAACGUCACCAAUCUGUAUGAUAAUGCCACAUUGCUUUCAGUUUGGAUGCGAUGCUUUUAAAAACGCAAACAAUACUGCACUAUACUA